AUGCCAGAGAAGGCUGAAACUGUCGAAGAGGUCACUGAACAGGUUGAAGAGGUCACAGACGUUGUCAUAGAAGUGACAGAAAAGCCUAAACCACAAGAAACUGAAGUAACCGUUUUUUCAGAAGACCAACCAGACAUUGAAGUGAAACAGAUAAUUGAGAAGCCGAUUGAAGUUGAAAGCAGUGGGAAAGAAGAGGAAAGACCAGAAGAAAAGCCAGAAGAUAAACCCGAAGAAAAGCCGAAAGAGAAAAAGAAGAAAAAGAAGUCCAUUACGAAAGAAGAGGAAAAACCUGAAGUAGCAGAAAUAGUCUUGAGGCCAUCAGAAGAAAAACCAGUGGAGAUGCCAGAGGAGUUUGAAACUGUUGAAGAGGUCACUGAACAAAUUGAAGAAAUCAGAGAAAUCACAGAAGUGAAAGCAAAACCUAAACCAAAAGAAGAAACUGAAUUUGAAGAGGUCUCAGAUGUUGUCAUAGAAGUGAAGGAAAAACCCAAACCAAAAGAUGAAAUUGAAGUGACCGUUAUUUCAGAAGACCAACCAGAUCUUGAAGUGAGGCAGAUAAUUGAGAAGCCGAUUGAAGUGGAAAGCGUUCAGAAAGAAGAGGAAAGACCAGAAGAAAAGCCAGAAGAUAAACCUGAUGAAAAGCCCGAAGAGAAGUCGAAGGAGAGAAAGAAAAAGAAGUCAAUUAAGAAAGAGGAAAAACCUGAAGUAGUAGAAAUAGUUCUGAUGCCAACAGAAGAAAAACCUGUGGAAAUGCCAAAGAAGACCGAAACUGUUGAAGAGGUCACUGAACAGGCUGAAGAGGGCACAGACGUUGUCAUAGAAGUGAAGGAAAAACCCAAACCAAUAGAUAAAAUUGAUGUAACCAUUAUUUCAAAAGACCAACCAGAUCUUGAAGUGAGAAGCCGAUUGAAGUUGAAAGAAUUGAGAAAAAAGAGGAAAGACCAGAAGAAAAACCAGAAGAAAAGCCAGAAGAUAAACCUGAAGGAAAGCCCGAAGAGAAGCCGAAGGAGAAAAAGAAGAAAAAGAAGUCUAUUAAGACCAGCAGAAGAAAAACCAGUAGAAAUGCCAGAGAAGGUUGAAACGGUUGAAGAGGUCACUGAACAAAUUGAAGAGGUCAGAGACGUCAAAGAAGUGAAGGAAAAACCUACACCAAAAGAAAUUGAAGUAACUGUUACUUCAGAAGACCAGCCAGAUCUGGAAGUGAAGCAGAUUGAGAAGCCGAUUGAAGUUGAAAGCAUGGAGAAAGAAGAAAGACCUGGAGAAAAGCCAGAUAAAGUAACUGAAGAAAAACCAGAAGAAAAGCCAGAAGAAAAGCCGAAGGAGAAAAAGAAGAAAAAGAAGUCCAUUAAGAAAGCAGAGGAAAAACCUGAAGUGGCAGAAAUAGUUCUGAGGCCGGAAGAAGAAAAACCAGUGGAAAUGCCAGAGAAGGGUGAAUCUGUUGAAGAGGUUGCUGAACAAGUUGAAGAGGUCAGAGACAUUGUCAUGGAAGUGAAGGACACACCUAAGCCAAAAGAAGACAUUGAAGCAACUGCUAUUUUAGAAGACAAACCAGAUCUAGAACUCAAGCAGAUAAUUAAGAAGCCGAUUGAAGUUGAAAGCAUAGAAAAAAAAGAGGAAAGACCUGAAGUAAGGCCAGAAGAAAAAACUGAAGAAAAGCCAGAAGAAAAGCCUAAGGAGAAAAAGAAGAAAAAGAAGUCUGUUAGGAAAGAAGAGGAAAAACCUGAAGUGUCAGAAGUAGACCUGAGUCUAACAGAAGAAAAACCAAUGGGAAUCUCAGAGAAGGUUAAACCUGUUGAAGUGGUCACUGAAGAAGCUGGGGACGUGCCAGGCUUUCUCAAAGAGUUGAAAGACAAACCCAAGCCGGAAGAAGAGCUAGAAGUAACCGUGAGUUCAGAAGAAAGGCCAAGUGUAGAGAUAAAGCAAACUAUUGAGAAACCGAUUGAGGUUGAAAGCACUGGGAAGCCAGACGAAAAGCUGGAAGAGAUAUCUCAAGAAGAACGUGAUAAGAAGCCGAAAGAAAUAAAGAAGAAAAAGAAGUCAAUCAAGAAAGAGGAAAAACGCGAUGUAUUUGAGUUGGAACUCAGACCCAUGGAGCAAACACAAGAGGGAAUGCCAGACAAGGCCGAAACUGUAAAGCAGGCUCCUGAGCUUGUUCAAGAGGUCCACGAAGUGGGGGAGGAACCCAAACCAAAAGGGGCGACUGAAGUAACGGUUACUUCUGCAGAAACACCGGACGUAGAAGUUCAGGAGAUCACUGAGAAACCAACUGAAGUGGAAAUCACUGAGAAAGCAGAAGAUAAAAUAGAUGAAAGAAAGCCAGACGUGAAACGAAAGCCUAAGCCAAAGCUUUCCAUUAAGGUUUUGGAAGAACAACCUGAAGAAAUUGUAUCACCGACGAGUGUAGACGUUGAAUUAAUCCAACUUAAGAAAUCGGAGGAACUCGUGGAAGAGCCUGUCGAGCUAGUCUAUGAAACUCACCGGGAAGAAACGAUAGAUAUCGAGGUGACUCUAGAAAGUCUGCCACAACACGUGCCCGAAGAAACCCCUGCUAAGCCAAAAAGGAAAGAAGCUGAAGUUAGAAAACCAGAAGAGGGAGGGGAAAAACCGGAGUUCCCAGAAGAAGCUGAAAAACCAAUUCUUGAAGAAACAAAACGGCCAAAAAGCAAAGAGCAGCACAUCGUCGAAAAGUCAGAACCAAAAGUAGUGCGUGCGAAACCCGAUCAGCCUAAAUAUAAAAAGAAACCAAAAAGAAAACCAGACACGAUACUAGAAGAAGACGAGUUCUAUUCGGCAGGUGAAAGUUUUGACGAAGGGGAGUUGGAACUUUUUGAUGACUCCAAUAAUAUAUUAGAAAUGGCGACGCUGGAAACGUCGGAAUUGUACGAAACAGUAACGACUUCUGACGUUGUUCCACGCCUUGAUGAAACGGUCCCAGCAUUUUUAGAAACCCUUCCUUUCGAAAGUUCCACAACCAGCAAACCACAGGUGAUGGGCCGUCCAAGAGAAGAGGAAAUUUUCACAGAAAGUGUAGCGACUUUCUCAGACACUUUCGAAAGCACAGAGUUGACUCAAGUCCCAGAGGAGGUUCCAUUAUUACAAGAGACAGCACUAGCGUCUUUUAUACAAACAGAACCUGCUUCCGAUGAGCAAUUAGAAGUAACAGUUAGACCUGGUGAAGAGGCAAUCACUUUAGAAAUGAAAUUAUUUACUGAGUCCAGAGAGCAGGAGCAAGAAGUUCAAGUGGUCUUUGAGGAUGAUGAACGAGGAGAAACUGUCGAUUUGCCUCAAGUAGACGUCCAGGAAGGGGGACAUCCAGAGGUCACGAGAAGAAGGAAAAAGAAAGCACCAGAAGAAAUAAAAGAGGCAAAAGAAGAGGCACGUGAAGAAAUUUCUCUGCCUACCACAGUACAAGAAACUCCAGAAGAAAUCCCAAGGAUUGAAGAAGCCCGACAGGAAAUAUCUGAAGAAGUACCAAAACUAGACGAAGAAAUUUCAGUUAUUUCUAAACCAAAGAAAAAACUGAAGAAACCAGCAAUUAAGAAAGAGAUUCCUAUUGAAGAUGUUACUGCAGGAAAGCCUGAAGAAAAGCCCGAGGAACUUCCAAAAGCUGUCACUGAGGACAUCACUCCAACUUCAGAAGAAAAGCCAGAAGAGAAACCGAUGCUAGCGGCUCCAGAAGAAGUGGCAAUUGAAGAAAAACCUCUACCAGAAGAAAAGACAGAAGUUUUAGAAGAGGCCAAACUUAAAAUUAAGAAGAAGCCUAAAAAGCCAAAAGUAACCGAAGAACUUCCAGCCGAAGAAACUGUCACAAUUAAAAAACCCGAAGAAGAGCGUCCAGGCCUUCCAGAGGAGGUUACUGAGGACAUCACCAUAGCCUUAGAAGAGAAGCCAGAGAAGAAACCAUUGCCCGAAGCUCCAGAAGUGACAGUCGAAGAAAAACCUCGACCAGAAGAAAAAACAGAAGUUGUAGAAGAGGCUAAGCUGAAAAUUAAGAAACCUAAAAAGUCAAAAGUAACCGAAGAACAUCCAGUCGAAGAAACUGUCAGCAUUAAGAAACCCGAACAAAAGCCUGAAGACCUUCUAGAGGACAUCACUGAGGACAUAACUGUAACUUUAGAAGAGAAGCCAGAAAAGAAACUAAUGCCUGAAGCUCCAGAAGAAGUGACAGUCGAAGAGAAACCUCAGGAAGAAGAAAAGACAGAAGUAGAAGAGGCGAAGUUGAAAAUUAAGAAGCCUAAAAAGCCCAAAGUUACAGAAGCACCUACAGCAGAAGAGACUGCCGUAAUUAAAAAACCCGAAGAAAAGCCUGAAGAACUUCCAGAGGAUAUCACUGAGGAAAUUACAGUCACUUUAGACAAAAGAGCAGAAAAAAUACCGACGCCAGUAGCUCCAGAAAAAGUGUCAGUCGAAGAAAAACCUCUACCAAAAGAAAAAACAGAACUUGUAGAAGAGGCUAAACUUAAAAUCAAGAAGCCUAAGAAGUCAAAAAUUACAGAUGAAGUUCCUGCAGAAGAAACCAUUACAUUAAAGAAACCUGAAGAUAAACCUGAUCAAAAGACAGAUGAUAUUGCUGAGGAUGUUACAGUAACCCUGGAGGAGAAACCAGAAGAAUCGCCAAAGACUCGAGAAGAAACUGAAGAAUUAUUUAUUGAAGAAAAGCCUCGAGUGGAAGAAAAGAAAGAAUUUGUUGAAGAAGAUGCGAAACUAACAAUCAAGAAAAAGUCUAGGAAACCUAAAGUUACAGAGGAGGCACCAGCUGAAGAAAUCAUAACAUUAAAGAAACCUGAAGAGAAACCACAGGAACUUCCAGAUGAUGUCACUGAAGACGUCACAGUAACGCUGGAGAAGAAACCAGAAGAAAAAUCAGAGCCUAAAGAAUCUCCAGAAGAAUUAACUAUUGGGGAAAAGCCUAAAGUGGAAGAAAAGAAGGAAUUUGAUGAGGGAGAAGCUAAGCUGACUAUCAAGAAAAAACCUAAGAAACCUAAAGUUACUGAGGAGGUACCAGCUGCAGAGGAAACGUUUAGAAAACCGGAAGAAAAACCGGAGGAAGUUCCAGAUUACGUCACCGAAGAUGUUACAGUCACCUUGGAAAAGAAACCAGAGGAAAAGCCAAAACCAGAGCAAGUUCCUGAAGUAUUAAGCAUUGAAGAAAAACCUAAAGUAGAAGAAAAGAAGGAGUUUGUUGAAGAAGAAGCUAAGCUGACUAUCAAGAAAAAACCUAAAAGACCUAAAGUUACUGAGGAGGUACCAGCUGCAGAGGAAACGUUUAGGAAACCCGAAGAAAAACCGGACGAAGUUCAACAGGAUGUCACUGAAGAUGUUACAGUGACCUUGGAAAAGAAACCAGAAGAAAAGCCAAAACCAGAAGAAGCUCCCAAAGAAUUAACCAUUGAAGAAAAACCUAAAGUAGAUGAAAAGAAGGAGUUUGUUGAAGAAGCUAAGCUGACUAUCAAGAAAAAACCUAAAAAGCCCAAAGUUACGGAGGAGGUACAAGCUGCAGAGGAAACGUUUAGGAAACCCGAAGAAAAACCGGAGGAAGUUCCACAGGACAUCACUGAAGAUAUUACGUUGACCUUGGAAAAGAAACCUGAAGAAAAACCAAAACCAGAAGAAGCUCUCAAAGAAUUAACCAUUGAAGACAAACCUAAAGCAGAAGAAAAGAAAGAGUUUGUUGAAGAAGAAGCUAAGCUGACUAUCAAGAAAAAACCUAAGAAACCUAAAGUUACUGAGGAGGUACCAACUGCAGAGGAAACGUUCAUGAAACCCGAAGAAAAACCGAAGGAAGUUCCAGUGGACAUCACUGAAGAUGUUACGGUGACCUUGGAAAAGAAACCAGAAGAAACGCCGAAACCAGAAGAAGCUCCUGAAGAAAUAACCGUUGAAGAAAAACCUAAAGUAGAAGAAAGGAAAGAGUUUGUUGAAGAAGAAGCUAAGCUGAGUAUCAAGAAAAAACCUAAAAAGCCAAAAGUUACUGAGGAGGUGCCAGUUGAGGAGGAAACGUUUAGGAAACCCGAAGAAAAACUGGAGGAAGUUCCACAGGACGUCACUGAAGAUGUUACGGUGACCUUGGAAAAGAAACCAGAAGAAAAGCCAAAACCAGAAGAAGCUCCCGAAGAAUUAACCAUUGAAGAAAAACCUAAAGUAGAAGAAAAGAAAGAAUUUGUUGAAGAAGAAGCUAAGCUUACUAUCAAGAAAAAACCUAAGAAACCUAAAGUUACUGAGGAGGUACAAGCUGCAGAGGAAACGUUUAAGAAACCGGAAGAGAAACCGGAGGAAGUUCCAGAGGACAUCACUGAAGAUGUUACGGUAACCUUGGAAAAGAAACCAGAAGAAAAGCCAAAACCAGAAGAAGCUCCGGAAGAAUUAACCAUUAAAGAAAAACCUAAAGUAGAAGAAAAGAAGGAGUUUGUUGAAGAAGAAGCUAGGCUGACUAUCAAGAAAAAACCUAAGAAGCCUAAAGUUACAGAGGAGGUACCAGCUGCAGAGGAAACAUUUAAGAAACCGGAAGAGAAACUGGAGGAAGUUCCAGAGGGCGUCACCGAAGAUGUUACGGUGACCUUGGAAAAGAAACCAGAAGAAAAGCCAAAACCAGAAGAAGCUCCCGAAGAAUUCACUAUUGAAGAAAAACCUAAGGUAGAACAAAAGAAGGAGUUUGUUGAAGAGGCUAAGCUGACAAUUAAGAAGAAACCUAAGAAACCUAAGGUUACUGAGGAGGUACCAGCUGCAGAGGAAACGCUUAAAAAACCGGAAGAGAAACCGGAGGAAGUUCUAGAGGACGUCACUGAAGAUGUUACGGUGACCUUGGAAAAGAAACCAGAAGAAAAGUCAAAACCAGAAGAAGCUCCUGACGAAUUAACCCUUGAAGAAAAACCUAAAGUAGAACAAAAGAAGGAGUUUGUUGAAGAAGAAGCUAAGCUGACUAUUAAGAAAAAACCUAAAACACCUAAAGUUACUGAGGAGGUACCAGCUACAGAGGAAACGUUUAAGAAACCGGAAGAGAAAGUGGAGGAAGUUAAAGAGGACGUCACCGAAGAUGUUACGGUGACCUUGGAAAAGAAACCAGAAGAAAAGCCAAAACCAGAAGAAGCUCCCGAAGAAUUAACCAUUGAAGAAAAACCUAAAGCAGAAGAAAAGAAAGAGUUUGUUGAAGAAGAAGCUAAGCUGACUAUCAAGAAAAAACCUAAGAAACCUAAAGUUACUGAGGAGGUACCAGCUGCAGAGGAAACGUUUAGGAAACCGGAAGAAAAACCGGAAAAAGUUCCAGAUUACGUCACCGAAGAUGUUACAGUCACCUUGGAAAAGAGACCAGAAGAAAAGUCAAAACCAGAAGAAGCUCCUGACGAAUUAACCAUUGAAGAAAAACCUAAAGUAGAACAAAAGAAGGAGUUUGUUGAAGAAGAAGCUAAGCUGACUAUCAAGAAAAAACCUAAGAAACCUAAAGUUACUGAGGAGGUACCAGCUGCAGAGGAAACGUUUAGGAAACCGGAAGAGAAACCGGAGGAAGUUCCCGAGGACGUCACCGAAGAUGUUACAGUGACCUUGGAAAAGAAACCAGAAGAAAAGCCAAAACCAGAAGAAGCUCCCGAAGAAUUAACUGUUGAAGAAAAACCUAAAGUAGAAGAAAAGAAGGAGCUUGUUGAAGAAGAAGCUAAGCUGACUAUCAAGAAAAAACCUAAGAAACCUAAAGUUACUGAGGAGGUACCAGCUGCAGAGGAAACGUUUAAGAAACCGGAAGAGAAACCGGAGGAAGUUCCAGAGGACGUCACCGAAGAUGUUACGGUGACCUUGGAAAAGAAACCAGAAGAAAAGCCAAAACCAGAAGAAGCUCCCGAAGAGUUAACCGUUGAAGAAAAACCUAAAGUAGAAGAAAAGAAGGAGUUUGUUGAAGAAGAAGCUAAGCUGACUAUCAAGAAAAAACCUAAGAAACCUAAAGUUACUGAGGAGGUACCAGCUGCAGAGCAAACGUUUAAGAAACCGGAAGAGAAACCGGAGGAAGUUCCUGAGGACGUCUCCGAAGAUGUUACAGUGACCUUGGAAAAGAAACCAGAAGAAAAGCCAAAACCAGAAGAAGCUCCCGAAGAAUUAACCGUUGAAGAAAAACCUAAAGUAGAAGAAAAGAAGGAGUUUGUUGAAGAAGAAGCUAAGCUGACUAUCAAGAAAAAACCUAAGAAACCUAAAGUUACUGAGGAGGUACCAGCUGCAGAGGAAACGUUUAAGAAACCGGAAGAGAAACCUGAGGAAGUUCCUGAGGACGUCACCGAAGAUGUUACAGUGACCUUGGAAAAGAAACCAGAAGAAAAGCCAAAACCAGAAGAAGCUCCCGAAGAAUUAACGAUUGAAGAAAAACCUAAAGUAGAACAAAAGAAGGAGUUUGUUGAAGAAGAAGCUAAGCUGACUAUUAAGAAAAAACCUAAGAAACCUAAAGUUACUGAGGAGGUACCAGCUGCAGAGGAAACGCUUAGGAAACCAGAAGAAGUUCCAGAGGAGGUUACUGAAGAUGUUACAGUGACAUUGGAAAAGAAACCAGAAGAAAAGCCGAAGCCAGAAGAAGCUCCCGAAGAAUUAACCAUUCAAGAAAAACCUAAAGUAGAAGGAAAGAAGGAGUUUGUUGAAGAAGAAGCUAAACUGACUAUUAAGAAAAAACCUAAGAAACCUAAAGUUACUGAGGAGGUACCAGCUGCAGAGGAAACGUUUAAGAAACCGGAAGAGAAACCGGAGGAAGUUACUGAAGAUGUUACAGUGACAUUGGAAAAGAAACCAGAAGAAAAGCCGAAGCCAGAAGAAGGUCCCGAAGAAUUAACAAUUCAAGAAAAACCUAAAGUAGAAGGAAAGAAGGAGUUUGUUGAAGAAGAAGCUAAACUGACUAUUAAGAAAAAACCUAAGAAACCUAAAGUUACUGAGGAGGUACCAGCUGCAGAGGAAACGUUUAAGAAACCGGAAGAGAAACCGGAGGAAGUUACUGAAGAUGUUACAGUGACAUUGGAAAAGAAACCAGAAGAAAAGCCGAAGCCAGAAGAAGCCCCCGAAGAAUUAACCAUUCAAGAAAAACCCAAAGUAGAAGGAAAGAAGGAGUUUGUUGAAGAAGAAGCUAAACUGACUAUCAAGAAAAAACCUAAGAAACCUAAAGUUACUGAGGAGGUACCAUCUACAGAGGAAACAUUUAGAAAACCCGAAGAAAAACCGGAGGAAGUUCCAGUGGACGUCUCCGAAGAUGUCACGGUGACCUUGGAAAAGAAACCAGAAGAAAAGCCAAAGCCAGAAGAAGCCCCCGAAGAAUUAACCAUUGAAGAAAAAACCAAAGUUGUAGAAAAGAAAGAAGCUGUAGAGGAAGCGGCUCAACUAACAAUCAAGAAAAAGGCGAAGGUAGAAGAGAGAGGUGAGUCACCCGAGGAGAUUCGUACAGUUACCCUGAAGAAAAAGCAUUCAAAGGCAGAUGUUACUGAUGACAUCACAGAGAAAUUUAGCAUCCAGAUAAAGAAAGAAGCUCCUACUUUAGAGAAGUCCGAAGACGUUGAGGAGAUAUUUGAAAUGAAAAUUCCUCGCAAAACAAGCACCACUGAAGACAUUAUAAGCAUCCGGAAAGUGUCGCAUCCUGACCAACCUGAAGAAAUGGAGAGCCUAGAUAUUUCGCUGCCCACGGAAGGAAAGAAGUCCGUUAUUACAGAGAUGCAUGAUCAAUAUAAGAUCGUCCUGCAAGAGCCGCAAAAAGAAGAAGAGGAAGAGGAAGAGGAAAUAUUAGAAUAUGUGGCAAUCACCACAUAUAUCACGGAAGAGGACGAUACUCUCAACCUCGAGGAAGGCGAGCACGUCUUCGUGGUGGAACGAAUCAGUGAAGAAUGGUGGUUUGUGCGCAAGACAGUCACGCAAGAGACUGGAAAGGUUCCACCGUCUAUACUCCAGGACGUCAAAUCAUACAGACGUCUUCUGGAACAAAUCCUUGAAGAAAAGAUAAAGAAGCUCCCUGCAUUCGGCAAACCGGGCCCUGGAGAAAAGAUGACAGCCCCAAAAUUUGUCAAGAGGCUUGUUCCGGUAGAAGCUACCAAUGGCGAGGAAGCUACCUUCAAGUGUCAAGUACAGGGGCAUCCACGUCCACAUGUUACCUGGUUCAAGCAAACACGCAUCAUUAAAUCAAACGAAGAAUUUCAGAUUUACUACGACGAAGAGAACGAAACCACGCUGGUGAUAAGCGAGGUUUUUCCUGAAGAUGCUGGAACUUACACAGUGGUUGCAAAGAACCCGGCAGGAUUUGCCUCUAGCUCGGCCGAAUUAGUCAUUCGGGAAUUCGUGAGUGAGCGGACUAUUUCAAGGCGCACCGUGUCAAGGUCUUCAUCCCUGAUAGAUCUCUUGACUGAGGGAAUACCACCAGUGUUUUCAGCACCCCUCCGACCACAUCUUGAAGUUGAUGAAGGAAGCACUUUGACUUUGGUGGUGAAGCUGUCAGGAACGCCCGAGCCAGAGGUUACCUUGAAGGUCAACGGGAAAACUCUGAAUCCUGAAAGAGAUACUAGACUCACAAUCACAAAAAAGCAAGAACAUCACAACUUCGUCACCGUAACGUUCACCUUGAAGGAUGUCAAACCAUCUGAUAAGGGCACAUUUGAGGUGACGGCUGAAAACUCUGAAGGGAGUGUGGCAAGUCACAUCGAUGUCACAGUGAAAGAAAAACCCAAAGAAGAUCGGGAACCUCCGAAGUUCACGCAAACAUUCAGCGACACAGUUGUCACAGAAGAAGAAACGGUUCGACUGAUCGUUAAAUUCUUGGGAAAACCUCCACCUGAAGUAAAGUGGUUCAAAGAUGACAAAGAGAUUAAAAAAGAUGACAAAAGAAUUACAACGCAAGAAGAAGAAUCGAUAUCUACACUGGAAAUACCCAAAUCUGAGGUGACAGACACGGCAAAAUACACGUGCAGUGCCACAAAUCCGGUAGGCGAGGUCACGCACUCUGCCAAAGUCACCGUGCAAGAGCCAAAUCUGACAUUUGUGGAAAAGCUUCAAGAUGUGGAAGUCAAGGAAAACCACGUAGCCAUGUUUGUGACGAAAACCAAUCGUCCAGUUUCUCACGUUACCUGGUGCAAAGAUGGCGAACCCCUGCAGCUUGAAGAGUCGCCGGAAAAAUUCCAAUCUCUUUCCGAGGGUCCCUAUCAGAAGCUGGUGAUCAAGAAUGCUAGCAUUAAAGAUGAAGGCGAGUACACCUGUGUCUUGGGAGACCAAGAAACCUCCGCUGACCUGAUAGUAAUCGAGCUGCCUCCAGAAAUCACUAGUCCAAUGACAGACCAGACAGUUGCCAAAGAUGACACCGCGAAGUUCACCAUCGAACUGACCAAAGGAGAUGCACUGGUUCGCUGGUUCAAAGAUGGGAAAGAGCUGCAGUUCAAUGACCGUGUUCAGUUAAAGAUUGACGGAAAGAAGCAGACCCUUGUAAUCAAGCAAUCAGUCACUCAGGACGCAGGACGCUACACCUGUAAGGUUGGGGACCAAUCAUGCAGUGCCAGGCUUACUGUAGAACCCCCAUCUGUGCAAUUCACUGCGAGGCUUCCAGAAAAAACGACCGUACCACAGGACACUGAUGCUGUUUUCGAGGUUGCCUUAUCCCAAGCUGAUGUUGAUGUUGUAUGGAUGAAAAAUGGCAAACCCAUUCCAAUGGACCAACGGUUCAAGUUUGUCAAAGAGGAAAAAGUGCGACGUCUUGUCGUUCCCUGCGUUGAUAAAGACGACACUGCGGAGUACACAUGUGUAGCGGGCAAUGUCAAGACAUCCACGCUUCUUCAUGUGGAAGAUGCUGAAGCAGAAUUCACGCUCCGUCUUCGUGAUGUAAUUGUGCGUGAGAGCGAUACAGUAACGUUACUCGUGGAGGUGUCACGGGAAACGCUAGAAGUUCGUUGGAUGAAGGACGGCGACACCAUCAACCCCACUGAAAAGGUGUUUGUAACGACAGAAGGCAAGAGCAGAAAGCUGAUCAUCCGAGAAAGUUCAAUGGAUGACCAAGGCGUCUACUCGUGCGUCCUCAAGGAUAAAAAGUGUUCAUCGUCCGUUGUUGUUCAUGCUCCUCCGAGGAUAACAACCGACAAACAAACGUUUUCGAGUAAGAAGGGGGAAACUCUCAGAAUACCCAUUCCUUAUACUGGCAUUCCACAACCAACUGAAACUUGGAAACUUGGCGAUCGGCCUUUGGAGCCCGUGAAAAAUAAAAUCACCAUGGACAUGUCCCCAGAAGAGGCAACAAUCACUAUCAAAAACUUGGAGCCAACAGAUGCGGGAACUUUAACCCUUACUUUGAAAAACACCUGUGGAGAGUGCAGUAAGCCAUUCACCAUUCUUUGUAUCGACAAACCGGGCGCACCUGGAACACCUGAGGCUUCCGAGAUCAAAAAAGAUGGCUCCCUGACGUUGUCUUGGAAACCGCCCAAGUCUGAUGGUGGUUCCAAGAUCACAAAUUACAUAGUAGAGUUCCAUGACCGCCAGAAUCUUCGGUGGAGCACAUUCUCUGACACUGUCCAAGACACAUUCACCAAAGUGACGGGGCUUACCCCUGGCGAAGAAUACAUGUUCCGGGUAACGGCAACGAACGAAGCAGGGAAAGGCGAACCGUCUCCUGGCACCAAGUACAUUCGAAUAGAGCCGAAAGGAGGUGAGCCACCUGUAAUAUUAGAGCAUCUUGCCGAUAAAUCUGUGGGUCUUAAAAAGCCUGCAGAAUUAACCUGCAGAAUUUCUGGAAACCCAACGCCUACAGUAAAAUGGUUGAAAAAUGGUAAGGACUUAGUUAUGAUCACCAACUUUAGCGCCGAUUUCAAAGACCAGAAAGCAACAUUACGGAUCAAAGAAGCCUCUACAAAAUCUGGGGGAAAAUACACGUGCAAGGCAACAAACACCCACGGAUCUGCAGAAUCAACGUGCACGCUUACAGUUGGAGACCCUCCUCGGGCGGAGUUUGAUGAAAGGCUCAAGAAUGUGCGGAUGCACAAGCAAGAAGAAUUCCAGGUGGUCGCCACCAUACACGGAUUCCCCGCCCCGACGGCGGCGUGGCUGUACAAUGGAGCCCCGCUGCAAUCCACCAAGCACACCCUGAUCACCGAUAAGGAAGGCACAUCCACCAUCACCAUUCACAGCACAGAGGGACCCGACUCGGGUAUCUACACCCUGCAGCUCAACAACCCUGCUGGCAGCGCCACUUACGAGUUCAAGCUCAGGGUGUUGGACAAGCCAGGCCCUCCGGAGGGACCAAUUCAAUUCCCAGAAACUGCGGGAGACCAUGUCACCCUGUCGUGGGAACCACCCUUGGACGAUGGUGGAUCUGCCGUCACAACUUAUAUCGUAGAACGCUGCGAGACGACACGAACAGUAUUUGUCGAGGUGGGCACGACACAGUCAGAUACUACCUACCUGAAGGAUCCAAGUGUUACCGAAGGCAGCGAAUACCGCUACAGGGUUAAGGCCGUCAAUGAGUAUGGCAUAAGCGAACCCCUCACAUCAGAUCCCGUCACGGCUCGCUGUCCCUAUGACAAACCCAGCCCCCCUCAGGGUCCACUCACAGCUGCCCAGGUGACAGACACAUCCCUAAUGCUCACCUGGAAGGAACCCCUAUCCGACGGCGGCAGGCCUGUGCUCGACUAUACGGUCGAAAAGCGCGAUGCUUCCAAGAAGGCUUGGCUGAAAGUGGGGACCACGGAAAGCUUUUCAAUGGAAGUCCCUAACCUCAAGCCAGACAACGCGUAUGUGUUCCGGGUGACCUGCCGCAACGAUAUCGGCAGCAGCUCCCCACUCACAGGCGACGAACCAGUCGCAGUUCAAAGUCAAAUACAGCCACCUGGUGCCCCGAGAGGUCCCCUGCGCAUCUCGGACGCCACUAACAAGACCACCACCCUUUCGUGGAACCCGCCAACCUUCAAUGGAGGAUCUCCCAUCACUGCUUACAUCGUGGACCACCUCAGUGAGGACGAUGCGGCCAGAGAUCCUCCGAACUGGGUCACUGUAGCCAACGUUGACGGAACAGUGACGACACACCGGGUCCUAGCCCUGAGCGACAAGACCAGACACAGGUUCCGAGUCCGGGCGGAGAAUGCUGCCGGAGUCGGACCACCGCUCGAGGACAGUGGAGAAUGGCAAUCCCUACCAGCAGCAGCUGAACGACCAACUCCGCCCACGGCGCCACUUGAGAUCUUCAUCACAGGACCGAACUCGAUGGAAGUGUCAUGGGGAAGGCCCGAAUGGGACGGUGGUUCUCCGCUACUGGGUUACACAGCAGCUUUGAGAGACACUACGAGAACGAUGUGGAUGGAGGUGGGCCAGGUAGAUGCUGAGACUCUGCGCCUUCAUAUCCGGGAUCUCGAAGAAGGAGCACAAUACCACGUACGCAUUUUGGCUCGAAACGAGGUGGGAUUCUCUGACCCACUGGAGUUGGAAGAGCCCAUCACCAUCGUAAGGCCUCCAGGAUUCCAAGACCAAGCUGCAGCAUCACCAGAGAAGAAGCCGAAGGCGAAGCCGGACGAACUGUCGGAAAUGAGUUGUACGACCGAAACGACAUCAUCUUGGAUACGAGAGGCCAAUGUGGAGCCUCUACUGCAUAGUUACACCAAGCAUGUGCUAGUAAGCCGUAAUGAGUAUUUCUUUAGGCUUUGGCACUACGCUGACACGCUGUUCAAGUGAAGCUGCUAUCCCUGUAUCACUAGUUCAUGGCUGAAAAGAACCGGAUAACGUGUUGUGUGAUAGCUAGGUUUCUGGGAGUUUGACGAAAAACGAGGUGAGAGCACAAUUUCGUUUAAAGCAGUUUAGUUCUGCUGUGUAUCAUUUUCAAGUUUGUACAUUUUCUUGCGCUUUUUACCAUUGUUUUGUAACAUACUGAGAUCAAUGGCCGUUGAUGACCACUUCGUGACAUCGAAGUAUUUCCUAAGAGCACCUUGUGACAUGACACACACGAGCUGAAUUGCCUUGCGUUAUUUUGCUCGUGUACUACUCAUAACGCACAGAAGGGACCCUUGAAAACAAAUGCAGUAGCUGCAACUGGUACAAUUUUGUGGCAAUCCUCACAAGUUCUCCUGCAACUUGGCUGCAAUUUUGUGCCAAUUUCACCUGCGCGUUGGAGGGGGAGUACGAGUAUACUGGAAGUGCGUUGUGUUGCUUGUCAAUAAAGUUGUGUUAUUGUUGA